CUGCCUGCUGUUACUCCAAGAGCAUUUGAAAUAUUAUUGGAAUACAUGUAUACAGGAAAAAUGGUGGUUAACUGCCAAGAAUUAAGUGAGGUGUACUUAUCAGCUAGAAGAUUGGACAUAAGAGGAGCUAUGGAGAAGUGCAUGGAAUAUCUCGAUAUAAGCCCACGUAAUAUCCAGAACUUGGUUUACCCUUACGUAUUAACACGUGAACUGAAUUUGGAGGAUGUCAAUGCAAAGGCUGUAUCACUGAUGACAAAGAAUUUUGAGAGAAUGGCGGUAACAAAAGAAUUCUUAGAUCUUGAAAAUGAUCAGAUUGUUGAACUACUCAGUGCUGAUGAAAUCGGAGCAAGAAAUGAAGUUGUAAUUUUCUUGGCUGCAUUGAAAUGGCUCCAUCAUGAAUUCUUUGAAAGAGAAAAACAUUUAUUGGCUGUAGUGAAAUGCAUUAGAUUCCCACUUAUGAAAAUGGAGGAAAUACUUGCCUGUUAUCAUCCUCCACUUUUACCUGGAAUUAUGAAGAUUCCGGAAGUGAAAGAAGCCCUUCUAAAUGCCACAUGGUAAAUACAAUUUUAAGUACUUAGCUUCAUGAAUUUAUAGUGGGAUAAAUAUUUAAGCUAAUGUAGUAAAUGAGUAGUAUCGUGGGAGUAGCGUUAAAUUAGUAUAAUUAGUAUACAUUGAGUGACUGCUUUUUAAUGACCAUCAGACAGUGUUACACAAAAGAAAAAUUGCCUCACAAUGCUGUCACUUAAUGACUUGAGAGGUGUAGAAACUUAAUUUUUUGUGCAUGGUAAUUUAUGUAACGUAUCAUACCUAAACAUCGUUGUCGAUCACACAUGAGGCUGUUGGUUUAUCUCAAUAACUAGGAGUACUUUCUCCCAUCCGUUGUGACUCCAUUUUGUUGUGCUGGCCCCAACCAUUCCCAAAUCUCAAAUCUAUUGAAUAUUUUGGGAAAGAAGUUGAAAGAACCAUCCGAUAUCUAAAUAUAUCCAUUCAGCCUCACUUUGCUAGAAAGUGUAAUUUUUAAAGCAUGGUUUAAGAGGCUAUUAACAACCUCUCAACAUCUCGUAGAGUGCCAUGCCAAGAAGAAUCGAGGCUACAUUAUAGCCUGUGAAAGGUGGCCAAACCAAACAUCGUAGAAGGGGAGUUGUAGUAACAGGGUUGCUCAGUGCAUGUUUAUAACGUUAGGAGAAAUAAAAUGGCGCCUGCAAAGAUAAUUUUUAAAUUUGACAGUUUUUAAUUAAUGCCAAUGCAGUUUCUAAUGGAAUUUUGUUAUUUCAUAUUUCGCAUACGUUUUUCUAUAAGAUAUUAAAUUAUAAAAUAAUUGCAUCUUAUGAUGGAAUGAAACGAACUAGAUUUUGGCAGGGAUUUUUUUUUACCUAGA